GAUACCUCAAUGAAAGGACCGAGUAUUCUCGCUGACAUCAGAAGCGCUUUAGAGCAUUUUCAAAUCCGCUUUCACGGUUUAUCCAAAGCGAUCAAUAACACUUUUGGAAGGCGUUAUUGAUCGAUUGCUGCGCUCUUAACUCUCCUAUUGUAAAAAUCGUAUCUUCACAAUAAACAAAAAGGAAGCAGUUUAUUUCAUCACGUAUUUGUUUUGUCUAUUGAAAGCAAUGCUUCCUGUUGUCCAUAAGAUGGCAACAGAUAUUAAGUGAGUGGGGCUGUGAGGAUGAAAACAAACUGAUAUUCGAUCAUUUCUGUCCAUCGAUUGUGUUUGAUUUCGUCCUGUCACGUUUACUUAUGAGCGCGUCGGUAUUCUAGCGCCUGUAAAGCAUCAUUUGGAGGUGCUGUCGGAAAUGAUCAUCGACUGUUCCCCCCACUAGUGAUACUUCAGUGAAGGAGCAAGCCAAAACUCCACCUUCAUGUGUGAGUAUGGCACCUUUUGUUCGAGAGAAUAAAGCCCAUAGAACCUAAUUAGCAUGCCUUUUGAAUGAGUCAUUAGCAUUGAGAAAGGCCGUCUGGGAUUUUUCUAUGUUUAUAUUUUAGAUCUUGUAGGACACAUUAGCUAAUUGACCUCCGUCCCAAACUCGUAGUCAUUAUUAUAUGUUUUCAUAAACCCUCGGUAUGUGGCCACAUAGAAAUGCCUGUAGUUCAUGAAAAGUCCAGAGUAGCGCCGUGGAGACGACCUGCCACAACAGACUAAUUAAUUGUGGUUGGACAAAUGACGUCCAUCGAUGUGGGCACCACAAAGCAAUAUAAGAGACUAUUCUUCCCCCGGGGGAGAUCAGAUGACUCCGUCCCACAGCAGCCAGAAGAUGCCGUGGUUCCCCAUCAACUUGCACAAAGCCUCCGGGAUGGACACCUCUAACAGGAAGUUCCUGGCACUGGCCUUGAUGCUGCUGCUGUCGCACGUGGCCUGUGAAGCUCACAGCCUGUCUCAAUGCUGCAGACAACCGGCCCGCUCCUGCCGCUUGUCCGUGAUUCUGUGUCGCUCUGGCAGCAAAAACUUUGGUGGCGAGCUUCCAGGUGACGACGCCGCCGGCAUCCUCACUCUGGGCAAACGGAACGAAGAGGAGCACAACCUGCAGAGCCGACUCAACCAGCUCCUCCAGGGCUCCCGGAGUCAGGCGGCCGGGAUCCUGACUAUGGGCAAGAGGAUUGCCGAGCGGGCCGGGGAGCAGUACAUGGCCUGGUUGGCCCAGUCGGGAUGGACCAUCACAACGCCGCUCCCUGAUUUAAGCUAAAUGAUAUAAGUAGCCUAUGGGACUCUGUUCAAUUCCAGGUAGAAAAAUCCCACCUAUUUUGGGAGUGUCAUUACACCACAGGUAUAUUUUCUGCUUAUGUCAAAUCUUGUGAUUUUCUUUGAACUGCACCUUUUCGUAUGUGAUGUGAGCGCACCGGGUUAUUGGAUAACGCUAGGAAGAUGUGUAAAAUUGUACGCAUAUGGAAAGAUGGCUGUCGGGUGUAAUAAAAAAAGCUGACACUGUG